CGAUUCUCUACUGCUCAAGUAGUCGCUACUACAUAUUCCACACAAUCAUUCGUUGGUUCCAGUUCGUUCUUCGGUUCUUCGACGCCUUCCCUCACAGAUGGCCCUGUUAAUGUUGAUCCUCCUGAGAACAUAUCAAGGCUUGAUUCUACUGGAUGCGAGCCUGUAUGGUCCCUAAAGAUUCCCACUAAGACGACUGCUUUAACCCAAUUCACAGAUUCUGUCAAUUCUACUGCUAGGCCCUGUCUUAGUGCAAUGUUUAAUCCUUCUCAGCUUUCCCGAAUACCGUUAGCUUCUAUCUGUCCGCUCAUGUGCAGUCGUCCCAUACAGUUGGAAUCUGAUAAAUCAAAUGAUGAUGAAGAGGAAGAGGACAGUGAUGACGGAGAGGAUAUUGUGGAAACGGAAACUAUCUGUACCAGUGGUGAGGAUCAUUCUGACGUUGAAAUCAAUGAACACGUUAGAAGCAUUUCAGGCAACCAUCAAGCUGCUCAAAAAAACAAUAUCAGCCAAAAGACAGAAGAGCUUCGGGAGCGACGAGCUGCCCAACUUAGCCUUGGUUUACUAGAUUCGUCGUCUUCGACCAAGAACAUUUUUUCUUCGGUUGAUAUGAAGAUUUCCUCUUGCAGAGAAAAAAUCUGUAGUAUGGCAGAACGUCGUUCUGCCGCUUCAAACCAAGCUUUUGAGGUUGAAUAUGCUUUGGCCCAUCAAUUUUCGGCCAAUUUAUUUAAAAGGUUAUCUGAUACAGAAGACGUACUCAACAAGAAUUAUGCUUCUACUUCGCUUCCCUCUAGUUCGAUCUGA